AAUUCCUUCCUUCCUCCACCACAACAGUUCCUUCUUCUCUUGUUUCUCUAAUUGUAUCAUCUCUCUCUCAUCUCUCUCUUUCUCUCUCCGUCCAGACUUGGUUCCUCCAGUCAUCCAUGGGCCUCCCAAAGUCCCCUCCUCCUCUUCCUCCACCAGUCGGACCACGACCACCCGGUCUCCUCCCUACUAUACCACGGCUCGACCAAUCCUCACCACCUUCCCCGGUCAGCGUUCCCGGACAACCACGACCGCGCGGAACCCUGCCGGUGGUGGCGUGGUCGUCCCCGGCGAUAACCAGAUCCCAGAGAUCGUUAACCCCGGUAACGGGCGGUCGGUUCCAGCCAUGGGUGUUCCCCCUCUGCCUCCCCAGCCCCCGGUCAUACCCCCCCAGGACCACUGCUCCCCCAGGGUGACAGCUGAAGUGUCCUGGCCCAGAACCCAGCAGGGACAGAUGGCCAAGCAGCCCUGUCCUGUAGGGACACUAGGCGUAGCUACAUACGUGUGUGUUGCUCAGCAGGGCUACUGGGAUCCCCAAGGCCCCGACAUCAGCAACUGCACGUCUCCCUGGGUCAACCACAUCAUGCAGAAAUUGCGUAGCGGCGAGACGGCAGCCGUGGUUGCCAGGGAGCUGGCCGAGCAGACUAAAGGGUUGUUGCGUCCCGGUGACGUCCCCUCUACGGUGAGGGCCAUGGCCCAGCUGGUUGACCUGCUGGAUGUUCAGCUCAGAAACCUAACCCCCGGGGGCAAGGACAGCGCCGCACGCAGCCUCAACAAGGCCAUGGUUGAGACGGUGAACAACUUGCUCCAGCCCAGGGCCCAGGCAGCGUGGAGACAGUUGCCCACGGGGGAGCAGCUUCGCUGGGCUACCACCCUGCUGGACACGGUGGAGGCUGGAGCUUUCAUGCUGGCUGAUAACCUGCUGAAGACGGACACUGUGGAGGAGAUCACCGACAACAUCCGUGAGUAG